AUGGAGACCCCAAAACGAAUGCAAUGGAAAGGGAAGUGUGAUUUUAUUUUAUCGUUAAUUGGUUAUGGUGUUGGAUUAGGGAAUAUUUGGAGAUUUCCUUAUUUAUGUGCUAAAAAUGGUGGUGCGGUAUUCCUGAUUCCCUACGCAGUAUUCAUGGUGCUGGUGGCGUUUCCACUGAUAUUUCUAGAAUUAUCCCUUGGACAGUAUUCUGGAAAGAGUGCAUUUGGAGUGUGGGAUAUUUGCCCCGCCGUUAGAGGUAUUGGACUGGCUAUGACUGGUAUAUCAGUGAUCUGUUGUCUUUACUAUAACACAAUUCUCGCCUGGAUCUUAUAUUAUCUAUUCAACUCCUUCAAAUCUCCUCUACCGUGGGUUGGAUGUGACAACUGGUGGAACACAGACGACUGUUAUGUUAAAGAUAUCAGUGGUAAUAGUACCACCAACAACGUAACGUCGUUUGACUAUCUGAACACGAACAAUGUAACGUCGUUUGACUAUCUGAACAUCAUCAACAGAACAGCUUCUACGUUACACACCAUGAUGAAUAACACUGUGCACCCUGAUAACACAACUAAAAUCUACGCUCCAACUGAAGAAUUCUGGAAUUUAAAUGUAUUACGGAUAUCGAGUGGUUUUGAAGAUAUAGGCUCUAUCCAGUGGCAUCUGGUAUUGGCUCUAGCUCUAGCCUGGUUGUUUAUUUAUAUUUGUGUGUUUAAAGGAGUGGAGUCUGUAGGCAAGGUUGUAUACGUGACGGCCACCAUGCCGUAUAUACUGAUAACUAUAAUAUUAAUCAGAGCUCUGACUCUACCUGGUGCCAUAGAUGGGGUCUGGUUACAAGCCAUGAUGCAAAUGUUUUUCUCGGUAGGGAUGGGCUGGGGAGGUUUUAUUACAAUGGCCAGCUAUAACAAGUUUAAUAAUAAUGUUUUAAGGGUGGGUGGUACAUAUAAUGGGUAUAGUGAUGUAUUAUUUAAUUGUAGGGUGGGUGGUAUUUAUAUUUUCCAAGUGGUAGACUGGUAUGUAGCAGCUGUCACGGCGUUUUUGGUCACAAUUAUAGAAUGUAUAGUCAUUGGAUGGAUUUAUGGAACUGAAAGAUUUUACAAUGAUCUGGAAGUUAUGUUAGGAAAUCGACCAUCUCGAAUUUUUAAAAUAUUGUGGAAAUUUAUCACUCCAGCUAUUCUUGCGGCUGUACUAUUAACUACUCUAACACAAUAUACUCUACCAACGUAUGGUGAUUAUCAGUAUCCAGUAUCAGCAGGUAUUUUAGGCUGGUUUAUAGCUCUUAUUACUGCUCUACCAAUACCUAUCUGGAUGAUGAAAGCAAUAAUUGAAAGUAAAGGCUCAUUGAAAGAGAGAAUAAAAGGAAGUUUGCAGGCGAAUAAACAUUGGGGUCCUUUAGAAAAGAAAUAUGUUGAAGCAAAUACAGAGAGUUACUUUUAA